AUGGUUUACAGUUCGGAAUCAGCAAAGUGGAAAGCUUACCAGUUCUCCGACCCUUUUGCAGCAGGCUCCUUUUUCGUGUGCAACAAACUCAAUAGAUUCUUUUGUCGUCCAGACUGUGAUGCCAGACCAAGAACAAACUUGAAGUCUGAAAUCAAGUUUGUCCCUACUGCUCAAGAAGCUAUGGCCAUUGGCUUUAUCCCUUGCGAGUCAUGCGACCCAAUGCACAGCACUGCUAUCGACGUUGGUCUCUUGAUCAAGUGUGUCCUGUCGGUUAACAACAAGAUUGGCUUUAUGCCACCAUUGUUGGAUGAAAAUGAAGAGGCAAACUCGAGGAAAAUCAAGGAGAAUAUCUUGGAGAGCAAACGCAUCAAUGAAGAACAGAUUAUGAAAACCAUGGGCAUGCUGGAUAACCAGCUUGAAGGAGAACAUGGCACUAAUGGUGUUACCCCACAACAACAACAACAACAACAACAGCAACAACAACGCUCAAUGUCUGUAUCGGCAGCCACCUUGAACUCAAUGAGUGGUCACCACAAUAAACUGAUGUCUAUGUCCAAUCCAACCUCAAAGGAGUUGGAGAAUACCUCAUUGAGUAAAAAUGACUCUGACCACUACAGAUUGGUUGACUUGGCUUGUCGUCAUUUGGCAUUGGCUGCUGCAGUUAACGUUUUCCAACCAAAACCUAUAAUCACUACACCAGAAGAACCAGCUGACGAGGCUAACGGAUCAACACCAGCUACAGGUAAAAAGAGAAGAAGAAGAGGCGGUGUCUUGGGAUUUAAGGAACUUGCAGCCAAGUCCAAACUCUCGGCUUGGCAUUUCCACAGAGUGUUUAAGUCAGUGACGGGAUUAACUCCAAAGACUUAUGGUGACAAGUGUUGGGAGUAUAUCAAGAAGGUGAAGGAGUCUGGUGAAUACACUACAUUUGAAGCAUACUCGUCGCCACCACCUUCAUCAUCAUCAUUAUUAUCAUCAUCCAUCUCUCCUGCUACAUCUUCUUCCUCGCCCAGCUCGCCUGAGUUGAAGAAUGGUCAACAGAAGAAGACGACUGUCAAGAUGGAAUCUCCCGCUCAGUUGUUUACCACCCAAUCGGUUGCUGAUGCAAAUAAGCUUUCGAGUCAAUCGAUAUCGCCAACUACCAACCCAUUAACCCCACCAAACCAAUACUCAACUGCAUUUAGCCACUUGAACACUGUGGCGACUGAGAUGCCAGAGUCGUUUUAUUCGCAGUCUGGCUUUGACGAUGCUUUGCAAAACUUGCCUGAGUUUAGCUUGGAUGUGGCGGGUGAUGAUGCUUUUGGUGGAUUGCACACCAAGGCAUUUUCCUUUCCAGACUUGUCAAAGUUUCGCGGUGACAGUUUAUUUGGCCAUCAGCAUCAACAGCAGCAACAGCAACAGCAACAGCAGCAACAACAACAACAAAAUAUCCAGCCAGUACAAUACAACUCCAAUGUCAAUGCAGCUACUUCAACUAAUGAGAAUUUACACCAUCACGCAAAUUCACUAGACUUUAUCCCAAAUACAUUCCUCGACCUUGACUUUACUGAGCAGCUCAACAAUAACAAUAACAACAACAAUGGCAGUAACAACACUAAUAAUCUUAAUGUCAAUACAAGCAUCAACAAUAAUGGUUCAUUUGUACCAAAUGUGGGUGAUGAUAAUGAUUUGGAUUUCUUGCCAACUACAUCUGCAACUACAUUUGACGAAAACUUUUUCACCACUACAACCCCAUUCAACCAUGUGAAUUUGAAUAGUUAUUUUGGUCCUAGCGCUGGCGCCAGCACCGCAAACCCAAACACUGCAAGCAAUGCUAACACUGCAAACACAGCAAACAACAAUACUGCUAGCAAUGCAAAUAAUUCAAAUACACAAGCAUCUACAACAAAUGACGAUAUUUUUAAUGACACUACUGGUUUCUUUGCAAUGAACCCUCAAUUGGCCACUAGUAUUGGAUUAUAG